AUGUCUUCCCUCUAUACACAGGCUACUGCAUUGCUAAAUCUUACCACUGAAGAAUAUGCUCUUGUGCGUCCAAAAAACACCUUGUUUGAACAAGAAUGGGUCGAUUACUUUCAUGCUACUUCAUGUCCAGAAUUUGGAUUAACCACCAAAAAUACUUUAUUCAAGCUGCUUGGCACUGUAGAUCCUGAUUCUAUAUCCGCAACUGCAGUGUCAUUUCUAGCGCAUGGGUCUUAUGGAGCAGUAUCUACACCAACUCUUGAUGUUCUUCAAAAAUGGUCUGCAAAAAUGGAAUACAAUCCUGUCGAUUUCUUUUAUAAUCAACUUUUCCCUUAUAUGGUACGAUCGCAACGAGAUGCUGCUGCAUUUGUUGGUUCGGCACCGCACAACAUUCAAUUGGUCACAAAUGUGGAAUAUGGCAUCAGUGCUGUUUUAAAAUCCAUCCCAUUUUGCAAAGGAGAUUUGAUUAUUGCAUUUGAUUUCACAUACAGUGCUGUACUGAAUGCAUUGGAUGCUGUUGCGAUGGCUAGUCAUGCUUCUGUAAUCAGAAUUCCUACUCCAGAUCCAAUCACUUCGGAAUCUAUUGUCUUGGCCUUGGAAACGUUUUUAAAAAGUAUCGAGAAUGACUUUAUUGGAAAAAUUAAGCUAGGCUUAUUCGAACACAUCACUAGUCCUACAGGAUUGGUUCUUCCUAUCGACUUGAUCAUUCAAAUUUGUCGUCGCAAUAAUAUUCUUACUCUUAUUGAUGGAGCCCAUGGAAUUGGACAGGUGGAAUUACAUUUAGACGAUCUUGGACCAGAUUUCUAUGUUACUAAUCCGCAUAAAUGGCUUUGUAAUGGUCGUGGCUGCGCAUUGUUAUAUAUCCAGCCAAAGCAUCAUAAGCUUAUUCACCCAGUUGUCACCUCAUGGGGUAUGAAUCAAGGCAUCCAUGCCGAGUUUUUGUGGCAGGGCACAGCGGAUUACUCGCCUUAUCUCAGUCUAGUGACAUCUAUUCGUCUUUACAUCUGGCUUAACCCAAACAAAAUUAUGACUAGAAAUCGACUCAUUGCUCUUGAAGUAGGCAAAAUAUUAUCCUCCAUUUGGUGCACAAACACUCUCUCGCCAGAUGAAUCAAUGACAUCAAGCAUGAUUGCGGUUUUGAUUCCUCCUCGAGUGGGCUUGCCAGCGAAAACUUGCGAAACAGAUACAUGUGCUUUUAGUACUUUGCACGAUAUUCUCUACACUGUGCAUCAAAUUGAAGUACCUGUAUUUACAUUUAAAGGAAAACAAUAUGUGCGUGUAUCAAUCCAUAUGUAUAACGAUUUACAAGAUUGUUUAAGGCUUGCUGAAGCUGUUUUGCUCGCGCAAGGAUAUGCGGAUAAUCAUGCUUCAUUUGCAACACUUUCAAUGUGGAAACUCAAAUUAAAUAUUUAA